UCUGUCAAUGAGUUCCUGGAGUCUGUGGGCGCCCCGUUGGAGAUCCUGGAUGGCUUCAUCGACAGCAUUGCCGUCACCAUCCCCUGGUCUGCCUUAGUCACCGAGAACUGCACGGUGGAAGUCAGCGGCCUGCAGGUCACCUGUCGGCCCAAAUAUCGCCAAGGUCAUGCUGGCUCAGAUUCCCAGAGCUGGGCUUCCUGCAUGACCACCUCCAUGCAGCUGGCUCAGGAGUGUUUGAAGGAACAGACGGAGGAGCCUUCGGAUGCCAGCCAACCUCUGGAAGGCCUGGAGAUGUUUGCCCAAACCAUCGAAACAGUCCUAAGACGGAUCGAAGUGACUUUUCUGGACACGGUGAUACGGGUGGAGCACACGCCCAGAAGCAGGGAGGCACCCGGUGUGGCCCUGGAAAUUCACAUCAAAAGGUUGGACUACUGUGAUGAAGUGGUGCGGGACCCCGGGCAGGCGCUAGCUGUUGACAUCCAUCAGCCUCCGCCGUUUGUGCAAAAAAUCCUCCAGCUGAGCGGCCUCUUGCUUUACUAUGAGGAAUUUGGUGAGGGCAGUGCCCGGGGCCCGAAGGAGGCCGAGCCGUGCGAUUCCGGCGGGGAAGAGGCUGGCCCCAGUCCUCUGCUUCAGAUCGGAAGCUGCUCCGGAUACACCGAGAUGAGGAUUAAGCUCAAGCAAAACGAGGCCUUCCCUGGAGCUAAGCUGGAGUUGGAUGGGAAGAUUGGAUCUCUGCACCUGCUGCUCGCCCCUCGGCAGAUCUUGCAUCUGACGGACCUUCUAUCAUCCCUCAACUUGUCCG